CGAACAUGGAGAAAAAUCAAGGACUCAAUCGCAAAUACGAGCGCAUCUAUAAAAGCGUUCCAUUUUUUCUUCCCAGCUUAAAAUUCUAGGGUUUCUACUCGGCUCAGUAAGUCUCACCUCAGCUAAUCGACGCCGCCGCCUCUCUCCGCCGGGCACUAGAAAGCCGCCACCAUGGGUCGUAUGCACAGCCGAGGUAAGGGUAUUUCAGCAUCAGCACUUCCUUACAAGAGGACUCCACCAAGCUGGCUCAAGAUCUCUUCUCAGGACGUCGAAGAGAACAUUUGCAAGUUUGCCAAAAAGGGGUUAACACCCUCUCAAAUUGGUGUUAUUCUUCGUGAUUCUCAUGGGAUUGCUCAGGUGAAGAGUGUCACUGGCAGCAAGAUUUUGAGGAUUCUCAAGGCUCAUGGGCUUGCCCCCGAGAUUCCCGAGGAUCUGUACCACCUCAUCAAAAAAGCUGUUGCCAUCCGGAAGCAUCUGGAGAGGAAUAGAAAGGAUAAGGACUCCAAAUUCAGGCUGAUUCUUGUUGAGAGUAGGAUUCACAGACUUGCUCGUUACUACAAGAAGACCAAGAAGCUCCCGCCUGUCUGGAAAUAUGAAUCCACAACAGCUAGCACUCUUGUGGCUUGAAGAGUAUGCAAGGAAGAAAAUGGAUUUUGUUUUUCCAGUUAUAUUUCAAAAGGGGAGCUCAUGAUUUUGGAUGCUUUUGCUUAUGAGACCUUGUAUUUGUUAUGAGACUAGUUCAAUCGAAUCUUUGUACUGAUCAAUUUGCUAAAAUGUGCUAUUUUGGAGAUUUUGUUUUAGUGUCUUGUUCAAUUAGCCAUUUUUAUUUCUGAGUGUGAUAUGAUUCCUGGGUUAAGCGUACAACUAUUCUCCUUCUCGAGCAUUAUGAAACUCCCAUUUUAGUACAAUCCAUGAAUAGAUGUGGAAUUGUGGUAUGUUUGAAAUUAUGCAAAAUACAUUUUAUUACAAUCUUAAUGUUGGUAUGUUUGGAAUUAUGCAG